AAGGACCCCUGCGCCGCCUUAUGAUUGGCUGCGGGGAGGUUCUCAUUCUUUUUCUCGCUCGUUGGCGAAGAGGGAGUUGCCAAGAUGAAUGACACGGUAACCAUCAGAACCAGGAAGUUCAUGACAAACAGACUUCUUCAGCGCAAGCAGAUGGUGAUAGAUGUUCUCCAUCCUGGGAAGGCCACAGUCCCCAAAACAGAAAUCCGGGAAAAACUGGCAAAAAUGUACAAGACGACGCCUGACGUAAUAUUCGUCUUUGGCUUCAGAACUCACUUUGGUGGUGGCAAGACAACAGGUUUUGGCAUGAUUUAUGAUUCCCUGGACUAUGCAAAGAAAAAUGAACCAAAGCACAGGCUUGCCAGGCAUGGCUUGUAUGAAAAGAAGAAGACUUCUAGAAAGCAGCGAAAGGAGCGUAAGAACAGAAUGAAGAAAGUUAGGGGCACAGCCAAGGCAAAUGUUGGUGCUGGCAAAAAGAAGGUAAUCUGUGUGGUGUUGCAAUAGCUUGUUAUCAGCUCA